AUGAGAAAUCCCGAUCCCCCUGUUGUCAUUGCUACUCUCAUCAUUGCCCUCUCUGCACCGUUCACCUUUUCCUCUCAAUUCUCGAACCUCACUUUCUCUACAGGGACUUAUGUCGAGCCGUCUCAAAAGUCUUCUCCCUCUCUCGACCGGUCUGGCCCUGACCCCUACUUUAACAAGCUUAUCCGAAUCCUCACCACUCGCUGCAUGACUCAGGGCCCUGGCCCCUGCUUCGACAAUCUCACCCGCAUCCUCACCACUCGCUGCAUGACUCAGGCGGUGUAUUUUCCCAGCGGCCAGCUGGCCCCUGCAGAGUACCACCACUACGGGCUGGCAGCCCCCAUCUAUACCCACUUCACUUCCCCCAUCCGUCGCUACGCUGACGUCUCAAAACAACACUUUUGUUACGCUGGUGUGGCAAGUGGCGCCACGUGUCCUUUCCUCUCCCCUAACUUCACCUCUCUUACCUUCAUCUCCCUUCCACAUUUCUCCCCUGCUAACGUCGGAUCUCCACUGCUCUUGCCACCUCUCCCUCCCCCUCCUCUCGAUCCUCCCCGCUCCUCUCACCUGUAUGGGGCAAAUCAACCUUCCACUUUCGCCCUGCUCACCUUCUCCUCUCCCUCUUGUUGCUUCUACCCCUCCUCCUCACCCCAUGUCUCCCUCUCUCGCGACACACUUCCUUGUCUUCGCCUGGGUCCCUCACUCCUCCCUACUUCUCGUUUUUCUCAACCCUUCUCCCCACACUCCCGUCACAAUGUGCCAGACCUCAACUAUCGCAACCGCAAUGCUCAGAUGGCGGGGCGAGCAUCAGUGGAGCUUCACACGCUCAUAUUCUUCCGCACUCGGUAUGGCAUCGAGGGACCAGUCUAUCUCGUACCCAAGGAACCUCACAAGGGGAAAGCUGCUGCAGUUGCUGCUGCCAACAAGCUCGAUGGGAAUGCACCAUCUAGUGACUGGGUGGUGGAUGAGAAGUCGCAGACGGUAGAGUCGAAAGACGGGAAGCGGCGAUUUAAGGUGAGGGGAAAGGGCUUGGGGAAGGGAAGGCACGCGUGGAGAGAGGGCAUGGAGAGAGGGCAUGGAGAGAGGGAGAUGGGCAUGGGAAGUAGCAAGAAGGAGGGAACAUUUGAGGUCUGCGCUGCUGGUAACACCACCGCCCACACAGCAUCUGCCUUUGCGCCGACUGCUCUGCUCUGCAUCCCCCCCUGCUUCUCCCGCCUUCACCCUGCCAUCUUGCCCUCGGCAGAGACAGUGCGUGUCUGA